GGGAGAAUAUUUAUUAUUAUGGGUUAAUAUAAUUUGGUCAAUGGGUAGAUUAACAUAAUUUAGGAAUUUUAUUCUUCAAUGUUUUAGGUUUUGACAUGUUUAGAGUGAAACCCCUAAAUUUCCAUGGUUCUAUAUGUUAUCUUUUCCAAAUUGUAGAAAAAAGAUGCAAGUGUUGCUAGAUAUUAAUACUGUAGUGAGAGAUAAUGGAAAGGGUACUACUUAUUUCAUUUAUCACUGUAGCGUAAAAGAAAAAUAAGCCACUUGAAAUUCCAUAUAUAUAGAUUGAGUAUCACUUGUUUCUAUGCUAUGUGUAAUGAUCUUUUACUGUAGCGAGAUAAGAGAUGAGUAGGUACUACAUAUGAUAUUUUUCUACUGUGGUUAGAAACAAGAAAAUAAGUGGUGUAUAAGUAUAACAGUCCCGUUUGACCGAAUAGCGAAAUUAAGCGGUAUAAUUAGUUGUCCGGAAUUUGAUGAAAAUUUACGUGGUAGCUAAGUUUAAUUAGUAGAUUAACAUGGUGAUGUUAUUUUGUUGAAAUGUGAUAUUUACGAACCGACCAAAAUAGUGUGGAUUUAGAUAUCUUUUAUAUUAAAUAUUAGUUUUAGGAAUAAAAAAAUGAAUUAGUAACUUAGAAUAAAUGAAGUGUAAUUAUUAAUUAGUUGAUUUAAUUAAUAGUUAAAUUAAUUGCAAUGAAUUUAAUUGAUUGGAAUAUAUUUGAAGUUGGAUCAAUUAUUCGGUUUGUCGGUAAAUUACGGUAUUUUGAGGAUUUGUCUGUAAUUGUGUUUUGUCUUGAAUAUGUAUGUUGAGAAAUAUAUAUUUCCAUGUCAAUGAUGUUGUGCUAAUAUUGGUUCUCUCUGAGUAGUUAGUUAAUAUUAAUUCCAAUGAUUAAUUGCUUGAUGUUGAAAGUGUGUGUUCAUGUAUAGUUGGCAAAAUGAGGAUUAACAUGAGAUAGUAUGGUUACUAGUGUUAAUUGGAUUGUGUGAAUCGUAAUUGAUUAAUUGGCCUCUUAUAUGUUAAUGAUGUGUGUGUGUGUUGUGAAUGUUGUGUACAAUUGGUGGAUAAUUCAUAGAGUUGAAUUAUUGUGAUAUGCGGAAAGUUAAGAUGGUAGAGAUGAUCUUAAUUGCAUAUAUUUGUGAUAUUGUACAUACAUUCAUAUCAUAGUGUGCCUUGAAACACAGGUGGAUUUGCUUUGAAACACAAGCGGGCUUGGAUUCUAGAGUGAAUCGGAAGCCGUAAACUAUAUGUUUACAAUUGGUGGACUUUGGUCUUGUCCGGAUCGGAAGUGUGGCUUAGAUUCUAGAGAUAUGAAUCGGAGGCCGGUGAAACUUAGAAUUUCACAUUGGUUCUGGCGUUUAGUAGCUCUUGCGAGACUUAGCUGGAGUUUCUUCUGUGUUUGUUGGAGAUUAGAUAGUGAAUCGAUGCUCUGGUCAUGUAACACUGGGACGAUGGCUGCAGGAAGGAAUGUUAACAUUAAUGUUAAGGCAAUGAUGAGGUGGACUGGUGCGAUUGGACAAGCGCCGCAAGAGAAUGUCGGUUAUGGAGGAAAGGAUGUGUUCCGUGCUUUUGGAGACUUUCAAAGGUGCAACCCACCGAUCUUUGAAGGAGGGUAUGGACUGGACAAAGCGCGUGCAUGGAUGAGAGAGAUUGAGAAGAUCUUUCAAGUCGUGAGUUGUACUGAUGUACAGAAGGUACAGUUUGGUACUCACACGCUGACAGAAGAAGCUGACGUUUGGUGGAGUAAUAUUGUGCGGAGAUUUGAAAGAGAAUGUAUUGAAGUUACUUGGAAUCUUUUCCGUGAUGCAUUUUUGGGAAACUAUUUUCCAGAAGAUAUGCGUGGAAAGAAAGAAGUGAGGUUUCUACAAUCAAAACGAGGAGUAGAACAGUUCCGUGGGAAAUCGUAUGAUGACAUGAGGGAACAAUCUGGUCUGGGCAAGAAGCGAAGUGGGGGAGGAGCUUCUACUCCGAUUAAGUGCUACAGGUGUGGCGAGACGGGUCACAAAACUUUUGAUUGUGGAGUUGGUUCGAGUAGGAUUUGCUACAGUUGUGAUGAGCAAGGACACAAUUGUACCAUGUGUGACAAGCCAAGGAGCAAGCGAAAGGAAAAGUGUUUGCAUUGUCUGGUGUUGAGGCCACUGCUAAGGAGAAGCUAACUUGAGGUUCUGGCGUUUAGUAGCUCUUGCGAGACUUAGCUGGAGUUUCUUCUGUGUUUGUUGGAGAUUAGAUAGUGAAUCGAUGCUCUGGUCAUGUAACACUGGGUAGACUAGGCGUGUUGAACUCAUGUUAUAUUUGUUUAUGCAUUAUGUUAUGACUUGUGAAUCUGUUUGUUGUUUACUUGUUGUUCGGGAAGCUUUUAAGCCAAAUAUUAUGAUUAUGGUUUAUUUUAUGUGGAGAUAAUUAUUGAGAUGUGAUCAUGGUAUGGGACAUGACUCAUUUUAUGAAAUACAUGAGUGUUUUUAGUACUUUCCGCUGUGAAUGCAUAUUCUGUAUGAAUUGUAAUUAAAUGUUUAGGUGUUAUUUGGAAUGACCAGGUGUAUUGUAUAUUGUGGAUAAAUGCUGUCGGUUUUUAAAAGCUUUUAGUUUUGAAAACGUCAAUGUGACUCCCUUUUGAAUUAUAUGCAUGCUUAUUCUCUGAUUAUAUGCUUAUUUAUUUUGGGGUAUAAAAGGGGGUGUUACACUAUUCACAUCAGCGAUUUCUCCACUAAUCAAACAACACGGAGGCAUUAGACUCGAUACCCACUACGAUUGUUAGUCCUGAAUCCAUGUCUGCAACCCAGAAACUAACAGUUAUCAUUCCUAAUCAAGAUCUAUGGUGUCCAUGUCUGCAACAACACAAAUCCAGAGCAUUUAAGCAAAAAGAUCAAGAACAACAACAAUGAUGAUUUGUAAAGCGAAUAUAUAAACGAUCCCAAGAUCCACAAAUAUACAUACAAUAAGAGUAGAAACAAACAUACAACACCCACCAUUGGAAUGAAACAAAGGAAAGAGAGAAGAUGAACCGGAAAGAUCUCACCGGUACAAUGAAAUCGAGUCAGAUCCAUGAUCAAUCCACAUGACGUCGCACCCAAUGGUGUUUCCUAAGCCUCUAAACUACCAAAAAAGGAUCAGAGCUCAACUUGUCAAGAAGAGGUGAUAAAAAACCUAGAAAAAUCUGUUCUAAGCUAUUUAUACAAACUGAAAAACGCACAGCGCGCGACGCGCCGGAUGCAGCGCGCGACGCGCCAUCUCACUUAUGUACCAAACCGCCCUAACGCGCGAAGUGCCCUAAA